UUCACACUUUCUUCUUCAUUCCACUGAAAGGGAGACGAAGAAGAAGUCAUCUUGUUCGUUCUGGGAGCUUCAAUUUUGCAUCAUCCUCUAGACAACAGAACUCCACAGGUUUUUGUGUCCCAACUCUGCCAUUCAAGUUCCAACAACCAUUUCGGAAUUAUCAAAACCAUUCAACACAGGGGUCUCCGAGCGGAUAUAGGGGCAUGGAACAAGUGGAUCGAGGCACACUUGAGGGGUUCAGACCUCACCAAGAGACGGGUAACAUCAGCGAGUCUGACGCGCAACAGGUCGCCUGCCAGAGAGCCGAUUGUACCCCCGCGACAUCUUCAGCAACAUCCACAAACGGAGGGGGAAGUUUUGCGGGUGAGACGGCACAGAGCAAGACCACUACCCCAACGCGCUGGUCCAGUAGGAGGGCAGGUAGCAGGAGCAACAAAGCUGUAGAUAGGGACGACUUCAAAAAGCAGAAGAAAAUGCGCAUAGAUAAGUUUGACGAUUUCUUGGAAUGGAUCGACGGGGAUGCUGCCUUGAGGUAUCAUCCGAAAGAUGCUGAUGCACGGAAACACCUCAGUGGUUGGGCCAUGCGCAACACCAACAACCACAACAAGAAAGUGCUUAAAAAGUCUUGCCUGGGGGUGUUUGUUUGCAGCAGGUCUUGCCGAAGCCCCAGUGGGGACAUAAUCACCGUUCGACCGGCGACGUCCGACCGUGCACGCCGCAAGCAGGCCGACAAGAAAUGCCCCAGGCCUGGAUGUGAUGGCAAGCUCUACCACGUAGCUUGCACUGGCAAGAACGGGUAUCCGGUCACUCACUUUUGGCGCGUAACAGAUGCCGUGGUUGUAUUCCAAUCAAAAGGCCAUCACGAUCACCCACGCCCAGACGUAGUGAAGACCCCGUCAGUGGCCAAAAUGGCACUCUUCGAGUAUCACAAAAACCACAAGCACGAAAGACCAAAGGACAUCUGCAAACGAAUGGGGGUUCACAUCCACAAAUCCUUCAGUCGAGUAGAUCGCGUUGCGAGGCAGCUCAGAGAGGUGCAGAGCGUCCUGUCCAAGGAUGACAAAGAGUUCCAGGGGCACGAGGUGAAGGUUCAACAUGGAUACUCUCUCAGGAGCCCGCUAACGAGGUUGUGGUCUACCCAUCACUCCAAGGUCGGAGGUCAAGUUGAGAACCAUCAAGCCAGACCAGGUUUGACCAUACCUCCUGGUGGAAUACGACACCACUCCCUCAACAACGGGUACCCUGACCAGCCUCAAUACGAACAACACUGGACGCCGUCUGGGUCCUACAUACCCCCACAAAACGCACUGCAAGGGGACUACCAACAUGGCUACAUGACUGGCUUCACAGCGCAGUUACCAACCGGGACCGCUGACUACUACCAUAACGGCAUGUACCCUGGAUACCAGCUAUCGUCCACAGGUGACCUCGUCUACGAGCCGUCCAUCAACUUGGAGGGUUACAACACAGCCCCUAAGACAGAGACUGUCUUUGAGGGAAGCAAGAUGACAGAGUUGACGGUCAUGAAUGAGCCUGGACGGGAGACUAGCGAAUCCCUCAACAGCCCACUGAAGCAUCUACCACUUAAAGCUAACCCCAUGAUGCACCAGGUAGAGGAAGUUGGCAGCCAUCUUGACAACUAUCAGCUAGCACAGACCGGGAGGGUACUGACAACUUCUCGGCCCCUGAAGCGCAGCCUACCUCCUGCCCUACAUCACAUUGACGCUAAGCAGCCGAAGCAUGAGCAACCGAACGGUAUGGAGUCUCAUCACACUAAACAGACUUCGUCAAUCAACAUCGACAUGUCGUCCUUCUCAGAUAUCUUCGACAUCAGCGCGUCGCUCGGCGAAGAAGGCCUGGCCGGUCGCCCAAAGACCCCCGUGUUUCACCCGGCCUCUCCCCCGGUGAACGAGAGCCCACAGAAGCCGGCCGGUGCCGCGUUGAUCAGCGAGGCACCCGCCUCAUCCCCCUCAAACCUCAAGGGGGAAAUCACUGCUGGGAGCCCGCAGAGCACCCUCUCCGUCUCGGUGGCCAGUUCCCCGUCCACAGUCCACGACACCACCGAUCAGGAUCCAAGCACAACCAGUCCGGGCCAUAAAUACCGGCAGAUGAUCCACCACUCCCCAAACGGCCCCGUCCUCACCCAACUCAGUACCCAUUCCCACCCCAACCCAACCAACCCACCUGAGGACGAGAAUGGCACCUACAUCGACCUACUCGUCUCCAUGUAUCUUAACACAGACCCAAAAGACAGCGAAAAGCCCAUCUCGACACUCAAGAAUGAGUUCCACGUGUACACUGAGCGCAACAACCAGAAGGGGAUGGCGUACAGGACCGAGCAGGGCUUACAUUUUGCCGCCCAUCAUCCAGAACACUUCAAAUCCCCCACCUCCUCUCAGUUUGACUUCAGCUGGUAUGACAUGGACCGACGUAGCCAGCACUACAGAAACAUGUCCACGUCCCAGGGCAGCUUGCUCAGCCCGCUAAACAUCGCUGGCCAUUUUGAUUACCCCGCACCGUAUAUAAAAGAUGCCUUUUGCACUGAACCGUCAACAGAAGCCAGCCGUGUUUCAUUUAUGCGUCACUCACCAGGAAGCACAAUUAACAGGCAUAUCUACUAAACAACUUUUUCACAAUUUUCAAGUUGAAAAACUUAAAAACAAAGAUGGAUUUUGAUGUUAUGUUGGCAUUGGGUGUAACGAGUAUGGUUUGUUUUUACCCUUACUCUGACGUGUUUUCUUAAUACUUCCCCAAAUUCUGUGAAAAAAAUUCCACAGGCAAAUCAAAAAGUAAAUAAUGGCCUGAUGUUUACUCCACCAGAAUCUGUUAAUAAAGGCUAAACAACUUGUUUUUUAUUAAAACUCUGGCAAGGUCAAAACGUCGGGCAAUUAAAUAUUUUUUGCAUUUAAAUUAUUUUCUGCAAAUUUCUAUUUGAUUUUUUUUCUCCCUUGUUAUCUUAAUUCAUCCAAACAGGAACAUGCUACAUGCCUCUUUAGAAAACUUAUAAUUUUGAAAGAACUAGUUUUAACUUUAAUCUAUACCGCCUUGUUAUAUUUAAAAUGUUAUUAUUUAUCGGGUGAGAAUGCGAUAAACCUUGCAGCUUCACUUGUAAAUAUUAAUAAAAUAAUAUAUUAUUGUUUAUAUCAAUGUAAGAUAUAUAUACAUUCAAUUUUAAAUUGCCUUUGAAAAUUGAAGAUUUACUCAAUUUUCUACUCCUUUCAACUCAAAUUAAUUAUUCGUUGUUUAUCACGGUAGCACAAUGGAAAAAUCGGGUACACAAAAAAAGAGAAUUAAACUAGGGUGCUAACUAAUAGCACCAAAGUAAGUGUUGUAGCAGUGUUAUUCUAAUAUAGUAUUUUCUCUUUUCGGUGUACAUCAUGGAUAUUUGACGACACUCGUCAAUUUAACACCCCGGUUUUUAAAGUAAAUGCAAUCCUUUUUAGACAUCUGAAAGCAAACACAUUUUGUGCAACAAACGUGUUUUUUUUUUCAUUCAGUAUUCUCUUCAAAUUUCGAUGACCAAUUGAGUCAAAAUGUUCACAUAAGUAUUAUUUUAUGCGUGUGUUGGGAUACACUUCCUUAAAGACUUUGACACAAAAGGUGUACAGUACCUUUAAAGUGAGAAUACAUGUACUUGUCUUUGACAGUUACCAAUGGUGCCCGGUGCCUUUAAACCAGACACCAUUCCAUAAUUGUAUCAGACGAAUUGUGUAAAAUGAACACAAUGCAAGAUGAAAAUUAGUAUUCUGUAAACGAAAUUACCCCCUGAAUGGUUUGAUGGCUUUGUCCAAUUCGCUUUGGGAUUAUUUGCAUAAACUCGGUCGUAAAAAUAAAAAUGCGGGCAUUUUUUUUUGUAUCCUCCGCUUCUUUCAUUAAAGUAAAGAAUGAGACAAAGAUUAAAAUUUUCAAAAAGAUGGCUACGGUCACUCUUGGUAUUCAGACGCUUUGUAUAGAGAUUGGACAACGUAGUAGUUUGAAUGAAUUAGUUUUAAGAAAACAGAAGUAGAAGUCGAAUGAAAUAGUAUUUUUAAUCUAUUUAUUGAGACAAGAAAUAAUCAUUUUGUA